AACCGGCAGGAAGAGAAGAGGAAGGAGGAGAGAAGAUGUCUGGAAGAGGAAAGGGUGGGAAGGGUUUGGGAAAGGGAGGAGCCAAGAGGCACAGGAAGGUUCUGAGGGAUAACAUUCAGGGGAUCACCAAGCCCGCCAUCCGGCGUCUUGCCCGCAGGGGAGGAGUCAAGCGCAUCAGCGGCCUCAUCUACGAGGAGACCAGAGGCGUCCUCAAGAUCUUCCUCGAGAAUGUUAUCCGCGACGCCGUCACCUACACCGAGCACGCCAGGAGAAAGACGGUGACCGCCAUGGACGUGGUGUAUGCGCUCAAGAGGCAGGGCAGGACUCUCUACGGCUUCGGGGGUUAGCUUGGUCAAAGGGUUUUUUAGGGUUUUGUUCUAUUCGGGCUUCUGGUGCGUUGGGUUCUCGGUUCGCUAUGGUCGGAUGGCGGCCUUUAAUUGUGAAACGAUGUCGAAUCGUGAAGUUGUACACUUAGAGUAGAAAUUUGAAUCGUCCUUCUAUUCCAUUGGAACA